AUGGGACGAUCAUUAACGAAAAAUGAUCAAGCUAGAGCUCAGUCGGCUUAUUUACUGCGUAAGGUGCACGGUCGUGGAAUUAUGAAGCAGCUUACGGCUACUGAGAAACGGAGACGAAUGAUUGAGGCUGGAUCGAAAUAUGCGGCCUUGAAUCGUGAAAAUGCUCCCGUGAAGUGCAGUAGAAGUGUUAAUUGUGCUAGCGCAGCGAGUAACAUGAAAGACAAUGUUGUAGUUACUGCUACUUCAAGUGCAAACGAUAAAAUGAAGUUUCGUAAUGCAGCUACUCCUACUCUUUCUACAAUAAAUGAAACUUUUGUACGCGAUGAUGCGGCUUUGAAGAGUAUUUUAAAUAAAUGUAUGCCUUGUUCAUUUACGAGACGAGCGUCUAUUUAUCGGAAUCGUGAGAGGCCAUCACUUUUUCCAAACGGAAUCAAUCCUUUGGAUGUAGCAGCUGCCAAAUUUGCAAAAUCUGGAUCAUUGGGAUCGUGCGACACUCGAUUACUUACUUCAGCACCCAUUUCUUCAAGGGAAAAAGAUGUAUCCAUGUCGGCGACAUUGUGUUCUGUAAUGGGCGGGCUGAAAAAAACACCUUUAAGUCUUCUUCCUGACAUCAUUUUUUUUUAUUGGCUUAUAAAGAUAGAAGUUGUGCAAGGUAAAACUGUUGUUGAUUACACUGUUGCCAUUUUUCAGGGUAAAACUGUUCGGUUUGAUGAAAGCAUUAGUUUUCAAAGUCCGAAGAACUGCACGCAGACUUUUCCAGAGCAUGUUGAUAAAACGAGUUUCGAAUCUACUGAUAAAGUGAUUUUGGAUUUGACGCAGAAUUUCGACGAUAUGUUGAAGAAGAUAAGAGGUUUAUCAGCUUGUGUUUUCAACAAUUUGGCAAAAGCUGUGCAUCAAGUCGCUGUUGAGAAGUCUAUGAUGCCUUGCGAAGGACAUAAAAUUCUGUCGGAUUCAUCAGAUGUUUCAACGUUAAAUGAUAAAAAUUGCUUGAUGUCAGAAAAGUGCACAACUGAUUUAAAACAAGACUGCAUCGCAUUAAAGACGACACGUAUGAAGUAA